AGCCACAGCUCCCGGGCCGCAGGAGCCGCUGCCCCGCGCGCCUGCAGCCCGCGCGCAGAGAUGCUUUACAUUUCAAGUAUAUCAAAAACUAAAUUGAUAUUUAUGAGCUAAUCUGGAAACCUAUCAGCCGUUCAUUUCACUACAUCUGGAAGAAAACAUGUGCAAAAUCCAAUCAGCUGACUUGUAAAGGGAUUUUAGAACACAACUCAGUUUAUGAAGUACUCCUUAAGUCCUGACAUCUAUUGUGAAGAUGGAAUUAUGAAUAUGGCAACUUUCCUACGGGGCUUUGAAGAAAAGGGAUUAAAGAAUGACAGGCCUGAGGAACACUUCAAUAAAGAGAAAAAGAAAAUUCUGUUCUCCUUUUGUGAGGUGUGCAACAUCCAGCUGAACUCUGCAGCCCAGGCCCAGGUCCAUUAUGAUGGCAAAUCUCACCGCAAGCGAGUCAAGCAGCUGAGUGAUGGGCAGCCUCCACCACCAGCCCAGGGUACAGGGCCACCGCUGGCCAGCCCUGGUCCCGGCAUGAACACUGGCCCAGGCAGUGCAUGCCACACCACUACCCUUCCUGCUCUUGUGCGCACACCUACCCUGAUGAUGCAGCCUUCACUGGAUAUCAAACCAUUUAUGUCUUUUCCAGUGGACAGUAGUUCUGCUGUUGGGCUCUUUCCAAAUUUUAACACAAAAAGAAGAGACUUAUUUGGGACCCAUAAAUUCUGCCAGAUGGACCCUGUGCAGAAAGCAGUCAUUAACCACACCUUUGGAGUAUCCAUUCCCCCAAAGAAGAAGCAAGUUAUCUCUUGUAAUGUCUGUCAGCUUCGCUUUAACUCAGAUAGCCAGGCCGAGGCCCACUACAAAGGAAGUAAACAUGCCAAGAAGGUCAAAGCACUAGAGGCAACGAAAAAUAAACCCAAAAUGGUUUCUUCCAAGGACAGCGCAAAGGCUAAUCCCAGCUGCUCCAUCACGCCAAUCACAGGCAACAGCUCUGACAAAUCAGAAGAUAAAGGGAAGUUAAAAGCCACCAUUUCCAGUCAGCCCUCAGGCGCUGAAGGUCGGUCCUUUCUUCUCAAAUCUGGCACAACACCUCUGCCACCAGGAGCCACUGCUUCUCCCUCCAAGAGCACAAAUGGAGCUCCCGGGUCUGUUGCCGAAUCAGAAGAAGAAAAAGCCAAAAAAUUACUCUACUGUUCACUAUGCAAAGUUGCUGUGAACUCCCUGUCACAGCUAGAAGCACACAAUACAGGAUCUAAACACAAGACCAUGGUUGAGGCUCGUAAUGGAGCAGGUCCAAUUAAGUCCUAUCCUAGACCUGGGUCAAGAUUAAAGAUGCAGAAUGGCAGUAAGGGGUCAGGACUACAGAACAAAACAUUUCAUUGUGAAAUCUGUGAUGUUCAUGUUAACUCAGAAAUUCAACUCAAACAGCACAUUUCUAGUCGAAGGCAUAAGGACCGAGUUGCAGGGAAACCGCUGAAGCCAAAAUACAGCCCCUACAACAAACUCCAGCGGAGCCCAAGCAUUUUAGCGGCAAAACUUGCAUUCCAGAAAGAUCUGAUGAAGCCGCUGGCCCCUGCCUUCCUGUCGUCACCCCUAGCUGCAGCGGCUGUGUCUUCUGCCCUGUCCCUGCCACCAAGGCCCUCCGCCUCGCUUUUCCAGGCCACUGCCAUCCCUCCCGCCCUGCUGAGGCCUGGCCAUGGGCCCAUCCGCGCCACGCCCACCUCCAUCCUCUUUGCCCCUUACUAACAUCCUCAGCCCCCAACAGGCCGGGCCAGGCCAGUGGGAAAGUGUAGAAGGAAAACCAAAAGGAUUCAGCAAUGUAAGCAUUUUGUGUGGCUAUAAGUACCCCACCCACCAACCUACAAAAUGCAGGCUACAGCCCAGCCCCAACUCCAAAGAGAAACACGUGGCCAGGUUAAAGAGCGCUUUAAAGGACCCCGAAGCAAUGGAAGCUUUAUCUUCUUGUUCCCUCUUCAUCCUACCCCAUCUAAUUGGUGUAUCUGAGAUAUUUGAUUUCUUGGGGGGAAAUUGUGUG